AUGGCACAAAAACCAUUGACAUAUAAGCAGAAGGCCGGUAUAUCAUUUAUUGAACAAGAUGAUCCACCAUUUAUUAAAGAAAUGAAGAAGAAGAUGGGAUUUAAGGAGCCACCGAAGUUGGAGGAUAAGUUCGAAGAGCCUGGUCCAGCAGAUAUUGAUGAUCCUGAAGCAGAGCUAUUACGUAUGAAAGAAGAAGAUCGUGAAUUUUGCUUUGAAGAGAAAUCAAAUAUUUCAGCUAGAAAAAUCGCAGAGGGGAAAAUCACUUUUAAAAAGCCAACAAAGAGAACCACACAGGUGGAUGAAAGUGACGAAGUGGAAGAGAAGAGAAAGAAAGAUGAGGUGAAACAACCAGAAACUCGACUGCUAUCAUUUGGAAAUGAUGAGGAAGAAGAUGAAUGA